AUGCAUUGGACCCUUCACCUAAAUGGUGCCCCUCGUCGGGUAGAGCAUGCAGCUGUAGCCUUAGGAGAUAAAAUUUAUUUUAUUGGAGGGUAUUGUGAGACAGAAGUGGACUUUAAAAAGCCAAUUGUGGUUAACUUGUUAAAUACAAGAACUUAUCGAUGGAGUAUUCUCCCAACCACAAAUGAAAGAGAAUUGAUUUCUGAAACACCGUAUCUUCUUCGAGGACAUUCUGCUGCUGUGUACGGCGAUAAAAUUUAUGUUUGGGGAGGGAGAAAUUAUGCUGCAGAAUGCGAUGUUUUGUUAUGUUUUGAUAGUGUUACAUUGAAGUGGAGUAGGCCAAAAGUGACAGGUUCUAUACCUGAUGCUAGAUAUGGACAUACAGCUUGUGUUAUAGACAACUGCAUGUAUAUAUUUGGUGGUGAACAUUCUAGUAGACCUGUGCAAUCAAAUGAUGUCCACUGCUUAGAUUUACUGUCAAUGAAUUGGAAGAGAGUAUACACAAAUGGUGACCCUCCCCCGUGCCUUUCAUUUUCCGCUGUUCAGGCAGUAGGCAAACGAAUGUAUAUUUUUGGAGGUGUUUGUGUUGGUUCAACUCCUACAAAUUAUUACCCUGAUAUUGUGUACUUGGAUACAAGUACAAGAAGAUGGCACAAACCUAUAGCUUCUGGUUCAAAACCACCUGUCAGAGGAAAGCCAUCAGCAUUUGUUCACAAUGGUUAUUUUUAUGUUUUUGGUGGUUACAAUGCUCGAAGUGGUGAGCAUUUUAAUGACAUUCAUCGAUUUCAUCUGGAAAAAAAUGAAUGGAAAAUAGUGAAACCUUUAGGAGAGUUACCGAAGGCUCGCCAUCGACAUUCAAGUCUUCUUGUGGGAGAGAAAGUUUUUGUGUUUGGAGGAACUAGUUGUUUUCCGUUUUCUUCUGUGUCUACGGGUCUUACUGCAAUGGUGCUUUUUCAUCGCAAUGAUGUUCAUGUAUUGGACUUGUCACCAAGUUUACGAACUUUAUGCUUGCAAGUUGUUAUUAAACAUAAACUGGAUACAAACAUCUUACCUCAGGAUUUAAAAAGAGAACUGUUUCUAAUUUCUCCCGAGAAAUCUGUUGUUAUUUAUGUAUAA